ACCUCCUAUCAAGCCCGUUUUCUCUUUCUUGACUCUUUAUUUAUUCUUCAUCUUGUUAACCUAUCAAUCAUCUCAUUUUGAAAUCAUCCAUUCCGUCCUCGUAUUUGUUCUAUUUCUUUUAGUGCAAAGCAACCAUGGUUGCGAGGCGGAAACGACCAGCCUCAACCUGUCGCUCUGCCGGCAGAGUUACAGCUCGACUGCUCUUAUCAUUCCUCGCCGUUUCCGCCUCUCCAGCCGCUGCUCGUAUCCAAAACUCGGAGGCGGCCUUCCCGAACUCACCGAUACUUGCGCCCUUGAUACCCGAACCACCACAACCGGCUGAGCACACCUUUACCUUACGUCACAUAUUCCAUCACGGGACGUAUCAGCACCCUGGACUACAUCGAAGGAAGGACAUAGUUGAACCAGAGGCUGAGGUAUGGCUUGCUGGUGAGGAUGGGCACAAGGCGGAGCGUAUACCACCUUUGAAGGCAAAGAGUCAACCUCGUAAGAUCGAGCGUCUCGUCGACCGACGGCCGAGCACCGUAGAUCCGUUGGUUGCUGAGGCUCGUCAACGAGGCUAUGUUAUCGCAAGUGAACCUUCCGCAUGGACGGUCGAUGAAGUUCUGGGCCCUGAUGUCUCUGAAAAGGAGACGGUUCUGACCAUGGCGCUGAUAGCGUCUGAUGCUUAUGUGGAGAACCCUGCUCAGCCAGACUGGGACGAAGUCGGUGAGCCAUUCAACCGGAGUGCUGAUUUCGGUUGGGAAAGUGAUGGGCUUAGGGGUCACGUUUGGGGGGACGAGACGAACUCUACUAUUGUGAUUGGCCUCAAGGGUACUUCGCCGGCCGUCUUUGAUGGGGAGGGUACGACCACGAACGACAAGAUAAACGAUAACCUCUUUUUCAGCUGCUGCUGUGCCCAACAAGGUCAAUGGUCCUGGCACCAGGUCUGCGAUUGCGCAACUGGUACGUAUAGUUGUAACAAUACUUGCGUGAGGAGGGCCCUGCAUGACGAAAAUCGGUAUUAUCAAGCAGCUAGAGAGCUUUAUGCAAAUGUCACCGAGCUUUAUCCAGAGUCGAAUGUCUGGGUUGCCGGACAUUCGCUAGGUGGAGCGGUUAGUUCCCUUCUCGGGUUGACGUACGGACUCCCUGUGGUGACAUUUGAGGCUGUUCCGGAAGCGUUGGCGGCCGGAAGAUUGGCUCUCCCCGUCCCUCCGCAUGCAAACCCCGAUUUUCCCCAGACUCGUGAAUAUACUGGAGCUUAUCACUUUGGACAUACGGCCGAUCCUAUUUAUAUCGGUACUUGCAACGGUGCAACUGCUUCGUGUUCUUUCGCAGGGUACGCAUUGGAGACAGCGUGCCAUACUGGCUAUGAAUGUGUUUAUGACACGGUAGCAGACCAUGGCUGGCGAGUCGGCAUUGGAACCCACAAAAUCCGAUCUGUGAUUAACGACGUCAUCCGGAAGUACGACGACGUUCCAGAAUGUAAAUUUACGCCAGAAUGCCGGGAUUGCGCGAAUUGGAAAAUGUAUGAGAGUAACAGCACUGAAAAGACAACCACUUCGAGUAGCUCUAGCUCGACUAUGACACGUACCCGGACAGCUACCUGCCAAACUCCUGGAUGGUGGGGCUGUCUUGAUGAGAGUACGACGACAGGCGUGACUACCACUUCAACCACAAGUAGUUCAACUUCGACAUGUAAAACCCCUGGGUGGUUUGGCUGCAAGGACGAAACUACCACUACCAGUGUCACAACUACUUCCUCCACCACGACCGCCACCACUACAUGUGAAACUCCAGGUUGGUUUGGCUGUAAUGACAAGACGACGACGGCCACGAGCGCCGCAACGUCGCUACCACAAACACAACAUCCGAUUACGUCGCCUCCUUCUUUGCCUACUCCCACAGCCUCACUUGCACCUACGCCUACAGGGGAGCCUCAAUCCCAUUGUCUCCACCGAAAUUGGGUCGGGAUGUGUAAGGAGUGGUCGAAAGGGCAAGACGACGAUCUAGAGGCCGAGUGGGCAAAUGAAGAGAUAUAAGUAGGUCCUCGCAGCCUACUUUGUUAGUACUAUGACUUUUUUUUAGCUGGACUAGAUUGGGAUACAUCGCGGGCUCUUUGGCGUUUAGUUUGGAUCGCAUCGUGUUUUAACGACUGUUUUCUUGGCGCCGACCUGAAGACUUGACAUCAUGUCAAUAAGAUACAUAUCGAGCAUUUUUGUCUAUAUCAUUAACCCCUGCGGCAUAUCGUCACUGUAGGG